CCCUGAAUCGGAUCCAGCGUUGGCUAAAGAGGCGGGUCGCCUCCGCGCGGAUAUGGAGGCGAAGCGAAAGGAAUCGCGCAAAACGUUGAGGAUCAAAGUCAUCUCCAUGGGCAACGCGGAGGUUGGCAAGAGCUGUAUUAUAAAGCGAUACUGUGAGAAGAGAUUUGUGCCCAAGUACCUUGCAACAAUUGGCAUUGAUUAUGGCGUCACCAAAGUGCAGGUCCGGGACAGAGAAAUUAAAGUGAACAUCUUUGAUAUGGCUGGGCACCCCUUCUUCUAUGAGGUGCGCAAUGAGUUUUAUAAAGACACCCAGGGGGUGAUCUUAGUAUACGAUGUUGGGCAGAAGGAGUCAUUUGAUGCUCUCGACUCAUGGCUUGCUGAGAUGAAACAGGAACUCGGACCACAUGGAAACAUGGAAAACAUCGUGUUUGUGGUGUGUGCCAACAAGGUUGAUUGUGCCAAGCUCCGUUCUGUUGAUGAGAGUGAAGGGCGACUAUGGGCGGAAAGCAGGGGUUUCCUUUAUUUUGAGACCUCAGCGCAGACUGGAGAGGGAAUCAACGAGAUGUUCCAGACCUUCUACUCCGCUAUUGUUGAUUUGUGUGACAAUGGUGGAAAGCGCCCCACAGCCACCAUGAGCAUCAGUUUUACCAAAGAGCAAGCUGACACCAUCCGGAGGAUCCGCAGCAGCAAGGACAGCUGGGACAUGCUGGGUGUCAAGCCAGGGGCUACAAGGGAUGAGGUGAACAAGGCCUAUCGAAAGCUGGCAGUGCUGCUUCAUCCCGAUAAAUGCAUGGCCCCUGGCAGUGAGGAUGCCUUCAAAGCUGUUGUCAAUGCACGGACUGCUUUGCUCAAAAACAUUAAGUAAAA